AAUUAGCCGGCUCUCCUCUCCUUCGCUACUCCACGCAUUUCCUAACUAUACUUAGCUUCCGGCCGUCGCAUGGAGUCGUCGUCGUCCGCGGCAGGAGGGCCGUCGUCGUCUUCAUCGCGGCCGAGCCGGUACGAGUCGCAGAAGCGUCGGGACUGGAACACGUUCCUGCAGUACCUGAGAAACCACAAGCCGCCGCUGGUGCUCUCGCAGUGCAGUGCCGCCCACCUCAUCGAGUUCCUGCGCCACCUCGACCAGUACGGAAAGACCAAGGUCCACCUCCCCCGGUGCCCCUUCUACGGCGCCGUCGCCGACCCCACCUUGGGGAUAGCGGACCCCACGUCGGCCUGCGGGUGCCCGCUCCGCCAGGCCUGGGGCUCCCUCGACGCCCUCGUAGGCCGCCUCCGGGCCGCCUACGAGGAGUCAGGCUCCGGCACCGCAGAGACCAACCCCUUCGCCGCCCGCGCCGUCCGCAUCUACCUCCGCGACGUUCGCGACGCCCAGGCCAAGGCACGCGGCAUCCCCUUUCACAAAAAGAGGCGCAGCAAGGGACCCUCCACCGAUCCAGCUGCCGGAGGUGAGUCUGUCUCCUCCUCCAACGCCAUCAGCGGAGAGAGCUCCGGUGGCUCCGCUCGCGGUUAAAGAUCUCUGUUUCUCUCUUCUAUCUGAUAUCUCGUAAGCAUGCAUUGAUUUGAUGAUUUCUAUUCGCGGAUCAACAAAUAAUUAACUAACGGAGAGAUUUCAUUGAAAAACACUUGUGGUUUAGUUGAAUAUCUUCGAGUUUA